AAAAACAGGAAUCUUCAUAUUUCAAAAUUAUGGUAACCUGUGACGAACAUUAAUAUUAAUACCUACUAAAUGAAUUAUAUUUAUUCUUUUAAAAAGUCACAACUUGGUGCUGCAAUACAGUGCUUUUAGAUAAGGAUCUCAUUAAUUAUACCAAUGUCGGACGAUGCUGAACAGCAGGCUGAGGAGAUAGAGGUGCUUAAAUCAAUUUAUGAAGGAGAUGAAAAUUUUAAACAACUUGAUUCUAAAACUUAUCAAUAUAAGUAUAUAGAAGGAGAGAAGUCAUUUGUAUUAGAAAUAUCCUGGGGACCCACGUACCCUACGGAGAAGCCAACAUUUAACUUAGAAAUAUUUUAUAAUCAAAGUUUAUUACCUGCGGUAAAGGAAAAAAUUCUAUCAAUAGUAAACGCUGAAGCGGAGCAAUGGGUAGGAUGUGCAAUGACAUACACUAUAUUUGAAUGCCUCAAGGAAAAGGUAACAGAAAUUCUAGCUGAACAGACUGAAGAGGCCAUCGUAGCAAGAGUUGAAAAGAUUGCUAUUACUGAACAGACUGAAUCGAAGAAGCCAGAGAAAAAAGAACAAAUGAGUAAAGCUCAGAAGCGUCGAGCGUGGGACAAAGCUGAGAUCGGUCGAGCGGGGGACAAACCUAGGGGUUGGGACUGGGUCGACAUUGUCAAACACCUAUCUCAAGCUCCACACCAACCCUCUUGACACUAAAUAUAUUAUGUAUCAUA